CGGUUUCCCCCACUCGCUCUCCAACACAAAGACCUCGCCUUUUACCUUCGUCUCUGGUAUUCUCUCAGCAUCCCCUACACACACUGGGGAUCCGGGAGCAGAUUGGGAGCCAAGGCAGCCCAUCCUUCGAGAGUCUGAAAUCCCAGGUCCUCGACGGAAUCACACUAUCCGCCCUCCCUCCCCAGCCUGGUUCAGGGUCUCACCUGUCCUUUCACAACGUCUGGAGGAAGGUACUCUAGGCAAUUCUUCCCAAGGAGAUGUCGAUUCCAUUCUCCAACACCCAUUAUCGAAUUCCACAAGGAUUUGGGAAUCUUCUUGAAGGCCUGACACGUGAGAUUCUGAGGGAACAACCAGAAAACAUACCAGCUUUUGCAGCAGCAUAUUUUGAGAACCUUCUAGAGAAAAGAGAGAAAACCAACUUUGAUCCAGCAGAAUGGGGGGCUAAGGUAGAGGACCGCUUCUAUAACAACCAUGCAUUCAAGGAGCAAGAACAAUCUGCUCAAGAAAAGUCACAGACAUCUGUGAAAGGGGAAGACAUAGAAGACAUACCAGGCAAUGCAGAAGAGUUGGAGGAAGAAGAAAAAGAAAAAGAGGAAUCUGCUGCUGUCAAAAUCCAGGCAGCCUUCCGGGGACAUGUAGCCAGAGAAGAGUUUAACCUGAAGGAAAAUGUGAUAAUUCAUUUUCUUCUAAAUCUGCAAAUCCUGAGCAAAAGAAUAAAAAGGGAAAUCAGAUAUGAAGAAAAAGGAAAAGGAAGAAAAGAUACAAGACAUCAGCUAGAAGGAGCAGCAUAUAGAAUGGAUAUGCAGAGAAUCACAGCAAAUACUGCCCGAAUGUGGGCCUGCUGGAAGACCUCAGACUUUCCCUAGGAGAGAAGACACACGUUCAAAAAAGAAAAAAAUAAGAAUUCUUGAAGAUCAAUAAGAAAAAAUGGAAAAUUGGACAAAAACACGAGCAGAAGAGAAAACCUGAGACCAAUAAACAUAUGGAAAAAUGA